UUGAACCUACCUUUAAUUAUCUCCUCACUCUGCUAUAUUGCACCAAUUCUUCUGGCAGUUGCUUUCCUCACCCUAGUCGAGCGCAAAGUACUCGGCUACAUGCAACAUCGAAAAGGACCUAAUAUUGUAGGACCAACAGGCCUUCUACAACCAAUUGCUGACGGAAUCAAGCUAUUUAUUAAAGAGCCAAUUCGACCAUCCACCUCAUCCCAAACACUUUUCCUAUUAGCUCCAAUAAUAGCCCUAUCCCUAGCAAUAAUCAUUUGAACCCCCAUCCCCAUACCCGUCUCUCUCUCUGAUAUAAACCUCGGAGUUAUGUUUUUAUUAGCUCUCUCAAGCCUCACUGUCUACUCUAUUUUAGGGUCAGGUUGAGCCUCAAAUUCCAAAUACGCCCUAAUUGGCGCUUUACGAGCAGUAGCACAAACAAUCUCAUAUGAAGUCACCCUAGCUCUUAUCCUUCUCUGCACUAUCUUACUAUCAGGAAACUUUUCUCUCCAAAACUUUAGCAUUACCCAAGAACCCCUAUGACUACUUAUUCCAGCAUGACCUUUAGCCAUGAUAUGGUAUAUCUCAACCCUAGCAGAGACAAAUCGAGCCCCAUUUGACCUAACUGAAGGAGAGUCCGAAUUAGUUUCAGGAUUCAAUGUAGAAUAUGCAGGAGGACCAUUCGCCCUGUUCUUUCUUGCCGAAUACGCUAAUAUUCUUAUAAUAAACACGAUUUCUGCCGUAAUCUUCCUUGGAUCCUCCACCCUCUUUAUCCUCACUCUUACCACCUCCUCACUUAUACUUAAAUCAGCUAUCUUAUCAAUGGUUUUCCUCUGAGUACGAGCAUCCUACCCACGAUUUCGAUAUGACCAGUUAAUACACCUGGUCUGAAAAAAUUUUCUCCCCCUCACCCUGGCACUAACAAUCUGGUUUAUCUCAUUUCCAAUCUCACUUCUAUUAACCCCACCCAUCUCAU